AUGGUCAUUGACUUGUAUAUUGAUUUUUGUGUGGUGUUAUGCACCAGCGUCGCGUCAUCGCCACGAUACCCUGAUGAGAGCCCAUUUGCUCGGAGUGCAAUUGAAACUAUACCUGAUCACGAGCCAAUCGCCCCCCCUAUUCGAUCUUCGGUGGAAAGCAUACCGCUCAGAAAUAUUUACGAGGACGGACAAGGAAGACUACCUCUAAGAGAUGCCGUAGAAAAGCGUCCUAUUCCAGUAGUCGACCCUGAUUAUUUACAUAAAUAUCUAAAGGGUACCGAUGAGACAAACGACGAAGUGGAAAAUAUUGAUGAAUUCAAAAGAUAUUAUGGUGCUGCUAGUCAUUAUAACAAUGUAUCGCAAACAGACGACCGACUGGAACAAGGAAACGCUAACCUCCAAGAAAUGGAGCAACCGAUGAACGAUCCAAGGUCGCGUCGAAUCGUGGUGUGCUAUAUAGAGUCGUGGGCGGCUUACCGUGCGCCGCCGUUGGCGUUCACUGCAGGCCUCAUGCCGCGCUCCUGCACUCAUCUGCACUACGCGUUCGCUGUCUUAGAUCCACACACAUAUGAAGUCAUACCAGCCAAUGAGGACUAUGACGUUAUUAAGGGUGGAUAUCGUAUCGCCACGGGUCUAAAACAACGAAUCCCUGGUCUCCAGGUGAUUUUAAGUGUCGGUGGUGAUGGAAUGGAAAGAUUAUUCAGUGAAAUGGUUCAAGAACCAUAUCGGCGUAAUUCGUUCAUCGACAGUGCGGUCACCUUCCUUCAAGAACACGAUUUCGACGGACUUGACCUUCAUUGGGUGUACGCAGGAGAUAAAGAUGAAAUAGAAAGAGAAUUAUUAACAACACUCCUUUAUGAACUUCGCGAAAAAUUCUCAUCAUAUGGUUAUCUUUUAUCUACCGUCCUUCCACCGUUCAGGUAUCAAAUUGAAGAUGGUUACGACUUAAGUGCAGUCAGCGGAGCUACUGAUUACACUAUCCUACAGGCAUGGGAUAUGACACAUUCGAAACGCGACGACCCUCCAACAAAAGCAUUACAGCAUAGCGCACUACACCGUGACCCUGGCGCGUCUGCAAGAGAUCAGCGGUUUGAUAAUAUAGAGUAUAUGGUGAGGUAUAUUAUUCGACAUGGAAUGGCUGCCGAUAAAUUGGUACUUGGCAUUCCUCUAUUCGGACGCAGUUACACUUUAGCGCCUUCUACCUUACCUUCUCCUGGUGCCGCUGUAUCUGGCUGGGGCGAUGAAGGACAAUAUACGCAAACUAAAGGGAUGCUUUCAUACUUUGAGAUAUGUAUGAGUGAACGUGAAGGUAGAGGAGUAAGUGGAGUCGAUGCUGCUGGCAAUGCGUACGCUGUCUUUGAUAAUCAGUGGGUAGCUUAUGAUACCCCCGCUACUGUUUUGGAAAAGAUGAAAUUUAUCACAAGUACUGGUUUAGCCGGUGCUGCAGCUUGGGCUAUUGAUAUGGAUGAUUUUCGUGGUUUAUGUGGAUCGCCAUUCCCUGUAUUAAGUGCUAUAUCUACAAGCUUAAAUGGUGAAGCUACUUCCACUGACCAGUCCUCUCUUAAGAUUGGGUCAUGUGAAGCAAAUAUCCCUUACUUGGCCUCUGACGAAGAAUCCUGUGCUCAUUUCCAUUUCUGUACAGGAGGGAUCAGUUACAGAAUGAUUUGCGAAGACGAAAGACUUUAUGAUCCUUCUACUGGUUUUUGUGGUCAUCAAGAUGUCGGAAAAUGUAUUCCUGGUCAAAGUCUUAGAAUCAGCGUUGAAGAAGCUGCUCGAUUUUUAUCUCAAGCAUAUGAAACUGAUUUUGAGUGGAAUAGUGCAAGCUAUAAAGAAAUUUAUAAUGUAGGGCCUGAUCGAUUAUAUAGCUCGUAUCAAGCAGAGAAAAGAAAAGGAAACGAUAAUGAUAAACGAGUAGUAUGCUACGUGACCAGCUGGGCUUUCUAUAGAAGAGGUGAUGGAAAAUUUGUACCAGAACACAUUGAUACAAGACUUUGUACUCACAUUGUCUAUGCGUAUGCGUCUUUAUCUUAUGACGAACUGGUCGCUAAAGAAUUCGAUCCUUGGGCUGAUAUCACAAACAAUCUAUACGAGCGAGUCACUUCUCUAAGCGAUGCUAAAGUUUUGUUAGGAUUAGGUGGGUGGACUGACUCGGCUGGUGACAAAUACUCACGCUUAGUGUCAUCAAGUACAGCACGAGCAAAGUUUUGUGAAAGAAUUGUCACUUUCCUUCGAAGUCAUAACUUUAAGGGUCUUCAUUUAGAUUGGAACUACCCAGUGUGUUGGCAGAGCAAUUGUAAGAAAGGUGCUAAGUCAGAUAAAGCCAACUUUGCAAAACUGGUUCAAGAAUUAUCAAAAACUUUGCACGCUGCUAAUAUGGAAUUAGGCAUCGCACUUUCCGGUUAUAAAGAGGUUAUUGAAUCAGCUUACGAUUUACCCACUAUAUCGGAUGCAGCUGACUUCAUGAGUACAAUGACGUAUGAUUAUCACGGUGGAUGGGAACGAAACACGGCUCAUCACACCCCAUUGGUUCCAAUGAAAAAUGACCCUCUAUCAUAUUAUUCGAUUGAAUAUGCAGUGAAAUCUUUAAUAAGUAAAGGAGCCGACCCAAAGAAACUCCUUCUUGGGCUAGCUUUCUAUGGCCAGUCAUACAGACUUGCUGAUACGGAGGGAUCAAUCGGACCUGGAUCACCAGCUGCAGGUCCUGGUGAACCUGGGGAAUUUACAAAACAACCUGGAAUGUUGGCUUAUUAUGAAAUAUGCUACAGAGUUAAAAACUUGCGUUGGAAAACAAGUCGUCAAGAAAAUGCAGGACCUUACUCAUAUUCAGACAACCAAUGGGUGGGAUACGAUGAUCCGAAGUCUAUUAAGGAAAAGGUUGAAUGGGCAAAGCAACAAGGUUUAGGUGGCGUGACAGCCUGGGCAAUAGAUCUUGAUGAUUUUAAUAACCGCUGCUGCAACGAACCAUCACCAUUACUGCGAGCCGCUGGCCGUGCCUUGGGCAGAUCUGUUCCUCCUCCUCCAACGUCCGCUUGUGAGAGACCACCACAACCAGUAACACCAGCACCUCCAACAACUACACCAGCUGAAUCCGACGGAUCGAUAGGCGCCAGUGUUGAUCAUGGUAGCCAUAACCAUCAUACGUCUACAACUUGGCCCGGUUGGAAUCCGUCGACCACAACCCAGAGCACUAUGCAGACUUGGUGGUCCCAACCUACAACCACUCCUAUGACUACAACCACUACAACUACGAAGCGUCCUACUAGCACUACCCAACGAACAACGACAAGGCCUACAACCCAGUCUGCUAUCGAUACUGGUAAAUAGGUUGAAGGCUCGUUUUGUCAGGCGGGUGAGUACCGUUCUGCACCAGGGGACUGUGAAGCAUACCUACAGUGCGAGGCGGGACGUUGGCGCAAACACAGUUGCGCUCCAGGAUUACAUUGGUCUUCGAAAACAAGUAGAUGUGAUUGGCCUAGUUCUGCAAAAUGUACAGCAACAUCAAGUACAGGAUCAAGUCCGGCAACUACAACAUUAGCACCUAUGACGUCACGACCACCACCUAGGCCUACUACUACUAAGCAACCUAUUACUACAUCUACUACUACGACUCCAAAAUCCACAACUACAACUUCUACGACAACUGCUAAACCAUCUACAGUAGCAGGUAGUCAUGAUGAUGCAUUAGAAGGUCGUCCGUGUAGCGGUCAAGAAUAUCGCGAAGUUUCGGGCGACUGCAGCUCGUACUUGCACUGUGACGGCUCUGUGUGGCAUUUGCAGCAUUGCGCGCCCGGUCUGCACUGGAGUGCUUCAGAGAAACACUGCGACUGGCCUAAAUACGCCAAGUGUGGAAGUAUAACACCAAAAACUACUACAUCUGCUCCAAAACCAACGCGGCCCGUCACCAAACCGACGAAACCGACUACAACAACGCCAGCUUCAAUCGACCGACCAUCAGAAGACGGUGAAUGCGGUGCCAGUGAAACCCACGCACCAGCACCAACUUGUGACUCGUAUUUGAUGUGCGUGGGCGGCCGCUGGCGCAAGCAGCUGUGUCCGCCCGGCCUGCACUGGGACAAGCGCACUAAUCGCUGCGACUGGGUCGAGUUUGCUAUGUGUGAAGUUAGAGUACCAGAAAAAACUACAAAGCCACCAUUCCAAAGUUUAUUUACAACAACAAAAAGACCAACAACUAGGAGACCCGCAUCAACAUCAGGAACUACGACAACGCCACGAUUUACGUCAACCAAAAAACCUGUGACUCAGUCCGAUCAAUAUCAAAAACCCAUUCGGUGCUCUACUGGUACAUAUCACGCGCACCCACGCUGCGAGAAGUUCUACGUAUGCGUGAACGGAGCGCUUGUAACGCAAAGCUGCGCGCCUGGCCUGGUGUGGAAUGCACGAAACUCGCAAUGCGACUUCCCAACUAGAAACUCUUGCACUGACAGGCGACAAGUCACCUCCACCUCGGAGACAAAACCUAGUGCCAUGCUGCAAGCAACAGAAGAAAAACCUUCAUUUUGUGAAAGUGGCCAGUACAGUAACUACCCAUCAGAUUGCUCUCGAUACAUGCAUUGCUUGUUUGGUAAAUUUGAAGAAUUUGCAUGUAGCGCUGGUUUGCAUUGGAAUCAGGAGAAACAAAUUUGUGACUGGCCCAGUAGCGCUAAGUGUAAAGCACAGAAAGUAACGACGACAACGUCGACGGCUACCACUUCGACGACCACGGAAACUAUUAUAUUGGAUACUGAAUCAGUAGCACUACCGGCACCUUCCAAACCAAUUUUAGAUUUAGUAGACCAUGGCAUAAAACCAGAACUAUUAAGCACGAAAUACAAACUUGUGUGUUACUACACAAAUUGGUCCUGGUAUCGACCUGGACUUGGCAAAUUCAACCCCGAAGAUAUUGACCCAUCGAUGUGCACUCACAUAGUCUAUGGAUUUGCCGUCUUAGGUGAUGAUUAUCUCAUAACAGCACAUGAUCCUUGGUCAGAUACAGAAAAUCAUUUCUACGAGCGUAUAAUAAAUUACAAGAAGUAUGGCACUAAAGUGUCGUUAGCAAUUGGAGGUUGGAAAGACUCAGCAGGUGACAAAUAUUCCAAGUUAGUGAAUAACCCUCAAGCACGUGCAAGAUUCGUCACUCACGUAGUAGAUUUUAUUGAGAAGUAUGGUUUUGAUGGAUUAGACUUAGAUUGGGAGUAUCCUAAGUGUUGGCAGGUGGACUGCUCAAAAGGUCCUGACUCAGAUAAAGAUGGAUUUGCAGAUCUAGUUGUAGAGCUAUCUAAAGUUUUCAAACCUAAAGGUCUUCUAUUAUCGUCUGCCGUAUCUCCUAGCAAAAUAGUCAUAGAUCUUGGUUAUGACGUACCAACACUUGCGCGUUACUUGGAUUGGAUAGCAGUUAUGACUUACGACUAUCAUGGCCAAUGGGAUAAAAAGACUGGUCAUCUUGCUCCACUUUUCUACCACCCUGACGAUGACAAUACGUAUUUCAAUGCUAAUUACACGAUGCAUUAUUGGAUGAAAAAAGGAGCACCUGCACAUAAACUUAUUAUGGGUAUACCCCUAUAUGGUCAAAGUUUUACUACUUAUUCAAAUUGGGACAGUCGCGGUUUAAAUAAACCAGCAAUAGCAGGUGGAGAUGCAGGAGAAUACACUCGAGCAAACGGAUUUUUGGCAUAUUAUGAAAUCUGUGAUCGUAUCAAAAAUCGUAAAUGGAUAGUAGUGAAAGAUAAAUAUAAUCGUAUGGGUCCUUAUGCAUAUAAAGGCGAUCAAUGGGUUUCAUUUGAUGACGUAGAUAUAAUUAAGAGCAAAGUUUACUUUAUCAAAUCUCUUGGCUUGGGUGGAGGCAUGGUAUGGGCCAUUGACUUGGACGACUUUAAGAAUAGAUGCAAUGAAGGCAAAUAUCCAUUGUUAAAUGCGAUCAAAAAUUCUUUAUUGGAUUCUCAAAUAAAUUUAGAACCAGUGCCUCAUAAGCCUUUGGAUGAGCCGUCUAACUCUUUAAAUGAUGAUUUUGAAGACAUAGAAGUAAAACCAGUAGUGAGUAAUCCUAUAACUACACGACCCUUAACAACAAAAAAACCAACAACAACAACUAAAAAACCAACAACAAUAACAACAACAACUACAAAGCCAACAACUACUAUUGUCAUGGAUGAGGUAGAAACAUACAAAGUUGUCUGUUACUACACAAACUGGGCCUGGUAUAGACCCAGUGCUGGCAAAUUUACUCCCAGUAAUAUCGAUCCCUCACUAUGUACACAUAUAGUAUACGCCUUUGCUGUACUGGAUAGUAAAAAAUUAGUUAUGAAACCACAUGACAAUUGGUUGGACGUUGAAAACAAAUUUUAUGAAAAGGUAGUAGCAUUAAAGAGCAAUGGUGUAAAAGUCGUCUUAGGUCUAGGAGGCUGGAAUGACUCUGCCGGUGAUAAAUACUCACGACUCGUUAAUAACCCUUCGUCAAGAAGAAAGUUCAUUUUACACGCUGUUGACUUUAUUCAACAGUAUGAAUUUGAUGGUUUGGAUCUUGACUGGGAAUAUCCUAGAUGUUGGCAAGUUGAGUGUGAAAAGGGGCCAAGUUCCGACAAACAAGGUUUUGCUGAUCUAGUCAAAGAGUUACGAGCUGCAUUUGUUCCUCGAGGACUUCUUUUAUCUGCUGCUGUCUCUGCUAGCAAACGGGUCAUUGACUUAGCCUACGACGUGCCUGUCUUAGCUAGAAAUUUGGACUGGAUUUCACUGAUGACAUAUGAUUUUCAUGGGCAGUGGGAUAAGAAAACUGGCCACAUUGCUCCAAUGUACGCUCAUGAAGCUGAUGAUGAUAAAACAUUCAAUACGAACUUUACAGUACAUUAUUGGAUCAAUAAAGGAGCCCCACGUAAUAAGCUGAUUGUGGGAGUUCCCUUCUAUGGUCAGUCUUUCUCUUUGGUAGAAAACUCCGGCAAUGGUUUAGGAGCGCCUUCCUAUGCUGGCGGAGAAGCAGGAGAUGAGACCAGAGCGAGAGGUUUCCUGUCAUUCUAUGAGAUAUGCGAACGUAUAAGAGUUCAAGGUUGGCGGGUAGUUCGCGAUGUUGGUGGUAGAAUUGGACCCUAUGCAACUUUAGACGACCAGUGGGUCUCCUUCGAUGACGACCUCAUGGUACGCCACAAGGCAGAAUAUGUUCGCGCAAUGAGUCUCGGUGGUAACAUGGCGUGGGCACUCGACCUCGAUGACUUUACUGGCAGAUAUUGCGGCUGCGGCCAGUCACCGCUGCUGGCAACCAUCAACAAUGUGCUGCGAGAUCGAGAGGCUCCACCACCUUGUGUCCUUCAAGAGAUUCAAAGUCCACCAACAGCAGUGACCACUACAACAUCAGAACCUGAAACACAGCCUUCCGGAUCUCAGAACUCAGACGUUGAAAUUAUCAGUGAUGGGUCAUCGCUUGAGGGUAAAUUUUGCUCUGGAGUUGUAUUUAAAGAAGACGAAACCGAUUGUGCAAAGUACUAUUUGUGCAUGAACGAGAACUACAUUGAGCUGACCUGUCCGGCACCGCUUGUUUGGAGUCAGAAUCAUUGCGAUUUCCCGAACAAAUCAAAAUGUAAAGCUAAAAACAGCUUAAGAAUAACGGACAGCAACAACGAAGUAGACUAUGAACUCAAACCUAUCAUCGCGUGCUAUUACACUAACUGGGCUUACUACAGACAAGGUAAUGCCAGCUUUGGACCGGAACAAAUUGACCCAUCCCUCUGCUCACAUAUUGUAUACGCAUGGGCCCACCUCGAUGCCGAUAGCAAUACUGUAGUUGCUGGUAAUCCAGAAUUGGACAUAAAUAACGAUUUCUAUGGAAAAAUAAUGGAGCUUAAAUUAAAGGGUGUAAAAAUUAUUCUUGGCGUCGGAGGAAUCGAAAACUCUAUAGAUGAAAAAUGGAGUGAAAUGGCGGCAAGUCAAGAUAAAAGGAAAAUAUUUGGAAACUCAUUAUUAAAAUUCCUACAAAAAUGGAACUUUGAUGGCGUACAGAUAGCUUGGCAAUAUCCUGUUUGCAACGAGGCACCAUGCACAAGAAGAAAUACAUCCGAUAAGGAUAGCUUCAGUAUUCUUCUUGUUGAGCUCUCGAAGAUAUUAAGGCAACACAAUUUAGAAUUCUCAGCAAUAGUGGCUCCUAACCCUGAAGUGGCAACUAUAGCUUAUGACCCCAAAGUAUUGAUGGCAACACUUGAUUGGAUUGCAAUCGCAGCAAAUGAUUAUUAUGAAACAGAUUCUAGAAGAACUGCUUAUCUUCUACCAUUGAAAACCAACGAAUCCCAGAAAACAAAUAGUUUCCUUACAAUCCUGCGCUACUGGGCAAAUAUUGUUCCAGUUAGUCAGCUAGUGAUGGGGGUUCCCGCAUACGGUCGCACUUAUACUCUUCGAAGCGAAUUGAGCACAGGAAUCGGAGCGCCUAUCUCCGGCUCGGGUACACCGGGAUACUACACACAAAUACCUGGAUUCCUCGCCUACUAUGAGAUUUGUACUCAAACCGAAUCCGGUGCGUGGGAAGUGAGGUCUAGCUCGGAAGGUACGUAUGCAGUAAGCAGGUCGCAGUGGGCGUCGUAUCUGCGUCCUCAAGACAUGUUUGCAGCGGCGACAAUGCUGCGACGCGUGGGAUUGCGUGGUGCUGCGUUCUGGGCACUAGACCUAGAUGAGUGGCGUGGCGCAUGCUCGUGCCGACCGUACGGGCUACUUUCUGCACUCCGGCAGGGUUUACUUGAACCCAAUUUACAGACUCUUAUCUGUUAAGUUUAAAACAUUUGAUACGCCAAUGUUGCGAAUUACGAAUACAGGAAACUGGCAAUUACCAUAUCUGUACUACUUUGCUUUAAUAUUUUUUUUUAUUUUUUUUAAGCAUUGCUGUGGUAAUAAUCUAAUAUUCGCGGACUACCACAUAGUCGCAGUCACAUAAAUUGUUGUGGCCAUUUUUAAUAAAAUUAUGUAUAUAAAUGAAAAAAAAAAAUUGUUAAGUACUGUAAAAUAGAUGUCUAAUCGACUUACUCAACUAUAAUAUACAUCCUCAUAAAAUAGUAUUUUGGCGGAAAUUAAGAUUUUUUUUUCUACCUGUUACAAUGUACUACCUCGAGCUUUGCUCAUAUUAAGAUAUAGAGAAAAAAGGACUGUUACUUAGAUACUUAAUUUGGGGAGCACUAUAAUUUUCCUUACACAAAAAGAAAACAUUGUUCCAGUGUUUUUUUUUUUUUUGAAUAAAUGUUUUAACAUGUAAGUCCUCAAAUAUUUGGAACAUUUUUUUUACAUUAUUAAUGUGAUAAGUAUAAGUUGUAUUCAUAAGUUGUACAGAUCUCGAUUAUUACAAGAUCAUGAUAUUAUCCUCAGCCGUAUUAGUAACGAAUACAUUCCGUAUAAGUUACUCUGUUUGUAAAAUAUUUAUAAACAAUGUACCUAACAUUGAAAUGUAUGAAUUUGUGUGAAAAAUUAAGCAAAUAAAUAAUGACUUAUACUUAUUCUAAACGAAA